CUGGGCCUGGCCCGGCCGCCUCGGGCCUGCGCGCCGCCCUCUCCCUGUGCCCCCCCUGCUAUGAGCCUCGGCCGCUGCUUCCCCCCGAGCAGCUGCAAAUGAAAAUGGAGGAUAUGUCUGUGGCUGGCCUGGAUAACAGCAAGCUGGAGGCCAUCGCGCAUGAGAUCUACGCAGAGCUGGUGGAGGAUGCCUGCCUGGGGCUGUGCUUUGAGGUGCACCGUGCCGUCAAAUGCGGCUACUUCUUCCUGGAUGACACCGACCCCGACAGCAUGAAGGACUUUGAAAUCGUGGACCAGCCGGGGGUGGACAUCUUUGGGCAGGUGUACAACCAAUGGAAGAACAAGGAGUGCGUCUGCCCCAACUGCAGCCGCAGCAUCGCUGCCUCCCGCUUCGCCCCCCACCUGGAGAAGUGCCUGGGGAUGGGGCGCAACAGCAGCCGAAUCGCCAACCGCAGGUGAG